AUGCAGGACGGCUGCUUGCACAAAGGAGAUAUCAUUUCAGAUGUGCAAGAUUAUGAGCCAGCUGGAAGCCACCUUUCAGCUGAAGGGCUGAUAGGGGGAUUCCCCUGCCAAGGAGUGUGCAGGGCAGGAAAGAUGCUCGGUCUCGAUGACAGUCGCACUGGCCUGGUGCGGGAAAUAUACCGACUCAUUGACUCGCUCCCGUCUCUGUCCCUCAGUCUUUGUUGA